CAGGUUCAGCAAAGCUUGGAGGCUCGGGCUGCUGCUAUUGUGGCUUUUCCUCCAGCUGCUUUUGUGGGCCCAGCUGUUCCUCCACGACCCCCACCUGUGUUGAGGCCUGCUUUUGUACCUCAUAUUCUACAAAGAACAGGCGCAUAUCGAAUGCCAAUGAUACAGGGUCCUCCUCCCCUCCGAUGGUGGCACCCCAAUGCCCCGACCGCCACCACCCCCACCCAUAAUGGUGGGACCUCCGAUACCAGGAUCACCUCCACAUCACAUGGGCCACAUGAACCCUUUGACUCGGCAGAUCGGACCCGAUGCCCCCAAUGGUUCCUGUUCCCAGGCCAGUGGUGCAGCCUCCACCAAAGCUCACACCAGCGGUAAUCCAGGUGGCUCCCACCGUGUAUACAGCCCACAGCUCAAGAAGAAAAUGGAGCCUCGCAUCCUAACACACAGAACACGACUGGAUCAGCUGGCGUCCUCAGUUGUAGAACAGGCAACUGCAGCCAUAACAACAAAUGCCAUGCUAAUGGAAGAAAAUGACUUCGUCAGCAGGUUUGGUUGUGAUUGGCCCCAGUAUGCCCGAGCUGGAGCGCUACAUGCGAG